AUGUCUGGUCUCGCUCUUAUGAGCAUCCUGCAGGCGAGCGAUAGCCACUCAGGGAACUCUUUGGUUCCUCGUUUGACCAGCGAUGUUCGCCUGGACAUAGAUCCUCUGCCCGAGGCCCAAAGAAAGGGCCUCAUCGCUGUAGCGAUUAUGGCAUUUCUAUCCUUCAUUGCCACAGGAUCUCUACUUUUAUUCAUUACCUACCGUCUCAUCUUCUGGCGCGGUUCAUAUACGAGAUAUAUCGGUUACAAUCAGUACAUUAUUCUUAUUUACAACCUGAUACUGGCUGACUUUCAACAAUCACUGGCAUUCUUGAUCUGUCUGAAAUGGAUUGUUUCGGACAAGAUCAAAUCGGGUACUGCAGGAUGCUUCCUUCAAGGCCUGUGGCUACAAAUCGGAGACCCAGGCAGUGGUCUAUUUGUUCUCGCAAUUGCCAUUCACACUUUCCUCCUUGUCGUCUGGGGUCGCAAGAUGUCUUACAGAACUUUCGUGGCCUUCGUUUGCGGAGUUUGGGGGUUCAUCGCCAUAAUUGUCAUCAUUCCACUCGCGACUUACGGGGCUGAUGUCUUUGUCCCGUCUGGUGCUUGGUGCUGGAUCAACGAAGAUUACGAAACCAUGCGUCUCUGGACACACUACAUCUGGAUCUUCUUCGCUGAGUUCGGCACUGUUUGCUUAUACGCCGUGAUGUAUUUCCAGCUCCGUCGGCAGAUCGCCAAAUCUGCCAUCCUAGGCAACAGCCAGCUAGAGAGCUUGAAGCGUCUCCGAAGAGUGGUCGGCUACAUGACUAUCUACCCAACCGUCUAUAUUGUGCUUUCUUUGCCUUUGGCAGCCGGGCGUAUGGCAACUGCAAACGGCAACAACCCAUCUAUAACGUUCUUCUGCUGUGCCGGUGCAAUUAUUACUAGUUCCGGUCUGGUCGAUGUUAUCCUCUACACUCUCACCCGUCGAAACCUUAUCAUCGAGUCCGAGCCUAGCCAAGACUCCCACUCUUACAACAAAUUUGCAAGCACCAAGGGAGGACGCCGCGGGGACCACUUGACUACCAUUACGGCUGAUCCGAAGUCGAAGAGACUUGGUAUCAAUGAUGAUGCUACGCAUGAACGUGAUGGCUCAACAGACAACAUUGUUCAACCCGCUGUUGAAAUGGGCCCUAUUGGAGGAAAGGUGUACCAAGAAACAACAAUCGAAAUUACAACAGAGCCUGCAUACCCAUCAGAUGGAGGAAGUGAACGAUCCAGCAAAGAUGAGUUCGAAGAUCCCCCACAUCGCAGAUGGAAGCGAUGA